AUGAGACAGACGGAAAAACAAAAGAAACCAAAAAGAGUUUACAGAUAUUUGGAGGGCUUCUUAAGCGAACAAGAAAGGGCAGAACACGAAGCAGAAUCAGAAGCAGCUGAAUUAGAAUCACAUCUACAAAGUGAACAAAGUGACGGAGGUCCUUCUCAAAAAGGAAAAAGGGUAAAAGUAGCAAAAGCUUGUCUGUUUUGCAAACGCAGUCAUAUGUCUUGCGAAGAUCAAAGGCCAUGCACCAGAUGUAUUGCAAGAGGGAUCGGUGAUCGAUGUUGUGAUACAGAAGCAGAAGCAUCAGCCAAUAUCGCAAAUCACACUAACGGAGAGAACGGGCCACAUUCAAACCCUGUCUUUGGACUGACACCUGAUCGAAAUCAGUCGAUUCAGCAUCAGCAUCCCAGCAUACGAAGAGAUAGCAUGUUAAGCAACAAUUUAACAAACCCUUCACCAGCCUCAAUACGCGAAAACGAUCUGCUAGGUACAGCAACUGCAGCAAUGGAGGAGAUUUCUCCUACUUUUGACGACAUCAUGUCAUUCUUGGGUACUAUGGAUGCCGCCACGACAGCUUGGGGUCCUGUUCCAACGCAAUUGCAGGGCAACACACCUUUGCAAGAUUUGCAUAAUACUAAUUGGACGCCAGUCGGUGUUGCAUCAUCAUUCUCGCCUUCAACCGCAACGCAAGCUGGAAUCAAUAACAAUACUAUACGAUCUCCGAACCAGCCUCUGGCAGUCACGCCAAGUCCGGCAACAUCAACGAAUAGACCGAAAGCUGUCUCCUCGAUGGACAUUGCUAAAACGCUUACGGAAAGAAGUAAGCCGUUUAUAUCCGGUCAUACAGCUGAAUACAAUGCCGAAAUUGCGAGAUUCCAACAUCCGAAGCCUUGGCAGAACGUUUUAGCCCCUGACUUUACAGCUUCAGGUAGCUUGGAAGAGAGUAUUACGAGACCAUAUCAAUAUGCAUACGGCUAUACACGCAUUGAAAGAUGGAUUCGAUCGCCACUUUCGGGAUGGAAUGAAAGAUCAGUGGAGACGGUGCAAUCAGUGCUAGACCAGGUACGACCAUUAUUCAGAAAUCGAUGGGGACGUUUGACAGAUUUGCAGCUUGUUCAACAUGAGGAACGAUAUAUGUCCAUCGUUGAUCAUUAUCGAAGGAACGUGUGCGAAGCAGUGCCUAUGCCAAUGGUAAUCAUUCGAAGGACAUGUGAGAUCGUAUGUGCAAAUCUAGCAUUUGCAAAACUAUGCGAUACGGAAGUGGAAGCUUUUGACUCGGGUAGAAUAUGUCUUUAUCAAUUAUUGGAAGAAGACUUUAUGGUCAACCUUUUCGAAAGAUAUGCAGAUGUGUUUAUGCGUAAGGCUGAAACGCCCAUAAGGCUGGAAGGCGAAUUGAAAUUUGCUUGUACAUCUAAACGAGAAGCUGAUGUGACUCCAAACGGAGACAGACAACCAAUCACGACAAACAAGAACACAAUCGUCACAGAUGAUCAUAAUGGAAUCGCUUGGGAUAUUCGACAUAUCCGUGCUCGCGUUCAUUUAUCAAUGGAACCUAUCAUGGAUGAAUAUGAUUUGCCUUUAUGUAUCGUUUGUACACUUAUACCUCUGUCUUUGUCAAAUAGGGAUCCAGGAGUACCUUCUGGAAAUGCUUAA